UGUUGCAGAGAUAGUUUCUAAUCUUCUCCGGAAAAUUUUCUCAAAAAAUUUGUACAAUUUUUAAAAAUUUGAAAAUUUUUUAAAACUACAAUUUGUAAAAUUUGAAUUAUUUUUAAAACAACAAUUUUUAAGAUUUUUAUUAUGUUGCGCCGCACAUUAAUCGCUGCCAUCCAUGGUCGCCGUUUCGUUUCGCAAUCUGCUGGAAUGUUCCGUAAGAUGCCAGACCCUAUGGAGCAUGCUACUGGAAUUGAGCGCAAAGAACUUGAAGCGUAUGCUGAUGGCUGUGAGGAUCCUUUCCAGAUAAAGACUAUUAUGAAACGUGGAAAAGGCACUCAAGAUGAACCCAACAUGAUUCCGUCGGCUUUUGAUGCACGUCUAGUAGGUUGCAUUUGCUGUGGAAAUCGGUUUGCGCAAUGGAUGUGGCUUGAGAAGGACUGCCCUAAGCGUUGCGAAUGUGGGUAUUGGUUUGAACUGGAACCGGUGGAACCAUUCUAUGAACCUAAUUACGAAUAACAAUUUUUAAAUUAUUUGAUUA